CGCUCUCGGGCGGCGUCUGCGCGCGAGCUGGGAAGUCUCACUCGUUGUGGAGUUGCGUUGGCAACGGUGUUUUCCCGCGCUUUUUCUUGGCGCCUCAGGUUAAGUAUUUUUAUUUGUAUUAUUAUAAUUAUUGUUUAUUCUGUUGAGCGUGGUAAGGCAAGCUAAGAAUCCCAGAGUGCAGUUUCUGUGGGUCCAAAAACUUGCCCCUGAGUAACCUGGACAGCCCACGAAAUUGACUCCUUUCUCCACUUUGUGGAAAUUUUGGGAUUAGAUGCACAUUUUGUUCUGCCUGAGGAAGGACUCAGCUUCAAAACUGUUCCCAGCUCUUCUGCGGCCCCUAUGCCUGUUACCCCUCUGGAGGUAAAAUAAGCUUCCUAACUCCGGCGGCCAGGUGCCCCAUACCUGUGGAGACUCGUCCAGAGAAGACCCUUGGGAUAAAGAUAUCAGGUUGUCCUUGUUGACCCCUGUAUCUGAGGCAACUGAUAGAGUUUGCCGGUUGAUAAAUGAGAACAUUUGGUGUACAAUUAGUGUGUCAUUAUUUUAUGCAGUAUAUGAAGUAUAUGACUUGUUUUGGUAGGUCCAGAAUAUUGCUGCCCUGUUUGGGUUAGUAUAACUAAUGGGAGUAGCCACUGUAUUGAAAAGUAACUUAACAAAUACUUUAUUUUUACAAAUGCUUUAAGUAGAAGCAUAGCACUGAAUAUGUUCAUAUUAACAGGUGAAUUGUGAUGAUAAAAGAUCACCCGCUUUUAUGAAGAUUUUCUGGUUUCAUAAUGGCCAAUUAUUUGGAUGAAUUAGGUUAGUUUUCAUCUAUUAGCAGGCUGCUACUCUUUUUCAACAAGGCAACACAAGAAACCUAAAAAUGUAGCUUAAAAUACCUUCCACUAAAGAAUGGCUGCAAUCAGCGCCUAGAUUUUUUUUAUCUGCCAAAUGUGAGAUGUGGUACUAAAACAAUCUAGCAAACCAUGAGUGGAUAGUAAAUACGGAUUUUUGUUUAGGUACUGAGGAAGGGCAAAAAUCACUGAUUUAGUUUUUACUUGUUUGUAUCAACAAGUGUUCCUAAACUUUUUUUUUCUGUGUACAUAUUUUUGACUGUAGUAGAUUAAAUUAGAAACCACCUGUUUUAAAAAAAAUUUUUUCAUGACCUUUGCAAUGGUUUGCACAAAAAAGGAACACAAUAUUGUUGAGUGACUGAAAUCAAUAUUGAGUGUAAUAAAAUACAAAUACAUAAUAAAAUGUAAUAACUUUACCAUGCAUAUUUCGUUUUAAAGAGUUCAUGGACUUGCUUUUUUAUUUUCAUUGCAGUUUGACCUAUUCAACCUUUUUAUUUAUCCCUGUUAGGAUUCUUUUCAGCAUCUAGAGACCUUAUUCUUCCAUUAUGUCUUUGUGUGAAGACAUGCUGCUUUGUAAUUAUCGGAAGUGUCGCCUUAAACUCUCUGGUUAUGCGUGGGUCACCGCCUGCUCUCACAUCUUCUGUGAUCAGCAUGGCAGCGGUGAGUUUAGUCGUUCACCAGCUAUCUGCCCUGCCUGCAACAGUACCCUUUCUGGGAAGCUAGAUAUUGUCCGCACAGAACUCAGUCCAUCAGAGGAAUAUAAAGCCAUGGUGUUGGCAGGACUGCGACCAGAGAUUGUGUUGGACAUUAGCUCCCGAGCACUGGCUUUCUGGACGUAUCAGGUACAUCAGGAACGUCUCUAUCAAGAGUACAAUUUCAGCAAGGCUGAGGGUCAUCUGAAGCAGAUGGAGAAGAUCUAUACUCAGCAAAUACAGAGCAAGGAUGUAGAAUUGACCUCUAUGAAAGGGGAGGUCACCUCUAUGAAGAAAGUGCUAGAAGAAUACAAGAAAAAGUUCAGUGACAUCUCUGAGAAACUUAUGGAGCGCAAUCGCCAGUAUCAAAAACUUCAGGGCCUCUACGAUAGCCUUAGGCUACGAAACAUCACUAUUGCUAACCAAGAAGGCACCCUAGAACCAUCCAUGAUUGCACAGUCUGGUAUUUUUGGUUUCCCAUUAGGAAACAACUCCAAGUUUCCUUUGGACAAUACACCAGUUCGAAAUCGGGGUGGAGGAGAUGGAGAUUUUCAAUUCAGACCAUUUUUUGUGGGUUCUCCAACAGCACCUGAACCCAGCAACAGCUUUUUCAGUUUUGCCUCUCCAAGUCGUGAAUUAGAGCAUCAGCAAGUCUCUAGUAGAGCCUUCAAAGUAAAGAGAGUUUAGCUCACUUUACAGAAUGUUUCUAUGUUCAUGUUUGGUGAUUUCAUUUAGCAAAUAAUCUUUAUUCUAGACCGAAGUUGCCAACUUCCCUGUGCUAGUAAGUCUUUGAAAUUGUCUUCACCUUUUCAGCUUACGAGAAACUCAUUGGUAGUGCGGAGUGGCUUUAGAGUCUGGUUUCUUUUGUCGUUUUUUAUUAUUUACAGUAUGAGUAUGGUUUUGAUCAUCUCAAUUUCAUUGUGAACUAUUGAGUUUUCACAAGCAGUCUGCUUGUUAUUUGUGUAUUUUUGAUUUCAUUUAUUUGUAUAUGUUUAUGUAUUUGCCCUUGUAUUAACUUGUUUGAAAGUAUGCUCAUAUGAGUAUAGUUUGAUGCAUAUAUGUCCAGUCUCUAUUUCUAUUUAAAAAUAAUUCAGAUGGAUAAAGUUAUUAUUUUGCAGAGUUGAUUUUUUGGCAUUUAAAAUAAAAUUACUUCUUUACCUUUUUGUCAGCUGUAACAUUGUGUUUAGUUAUUUAGGAAUACACUUCUACAGCGGAAAAUUUACUAAUAUGUGAUUGAUCUCAAGAUACUGUACUAAUUAAAAUAAUUUUUAAAGAUUUGUUCCUUGUUUUACUUUAUUAAAUAGUAAGCAUUUCUGACUGCUAUCACAGAUAACAUAUUCAAAAUGUAGAGCCAAGAAAGAAAUUUGAAGGGUACUCUUAGUGAAUUUUAUGUCCCACUAGAAGCAAGAUUUGAAAGCGCACUGGGUGGGGAGGCAGAAUAUCUGGGUUCUAU